AGAGAAUACUGGGCCAAUUACAAGUUUUGCUAGACAGAAACAACACAUGUCAUCGUAGUGGCUGCAGUCAUCCUGCCGUGAAAGCAGCUGUGCACAUCCCUCCAGUGAAAGUUUUUGAUUUUGGAGUGUACCCAGACGAAUAUUUGGAGGGAGACAACUCGCCAGCAGUCACAAAAUGACAGAAAACGGCAUCAUGCACUCGGAGAGGGCGCUUACGCUAGACACGAUGAAUCCCAAUGUGAAACGUGUUGAGUAUGCCGUGCGAGGACCCAUUGUUCAACGAGCUGCACAGAUCGAAAAGGAGCUGAAAGAGGGAGUGAAGAAGCCAUUCACGGAGGUAAUACGAGCCAACAUUGGGGACUGCCAUGCCAUGGGCCAACGGCCAAUAACCUUCCUCAGACAGGUCGUAGCACUGUGCACAUUGCCUGAGCUGCUGGAGGACAACAAAUUCCCAGAGGAUGCCAAAAGUAGAGCACGCCGCAUCCUGGAGGCAUGUGGUGGGGGCAGCAUAGGUUCGUACAGCAUGAGUCAGGGCAUCGAAGUGAUCAGACAAGACGUGGCUCGCUAUAUCGAGCGCCGUGACGGCAUCCCCUCCAACCCUGACAACAUUUUCCUCUCCUCCGGAGCCAGCGAUGCCAUCACGACCAUGUUGAAGCUGCUGGUUUCGGGGGAGGGUGCCACGAGGACCGGGGUGAUGAUCUCCAUCCCGCAGUACCCACUGUACUCGGCGACCCUGGCCGACCUGGGGGCCGUGCAGAUCAACUACUACCUGGACGAGGGCAACUGCUGGAGCCUGGAUAUCGCCGAGCUGCGGCGCUCCGUGACCGAGGCCAGGAAGCACUGCGUCCCGCGGGCCAUCUGUGUCAUCAACCCUGGCAACCCCACUGGCCAGGUACAGAGCAGACAGUGCAUUGAGGACGUGAUCCGGUUUGCUGCCGAAGAGAAUCUCUUUUUGAUGGCUGAUGAGGUGUACCAGGAUAAUAUCUAUGCAGAGGGAUGCAAAUUCAACUCUUUCAAGAAGGUGCUGUUUGAAAUGGGACCCAAAUACUCUGAGAAAGUGGAGCUGGCCUCCUUCAUGUCGACGUCUAAGUGCUACAUGGGAGAGUGUGGAUUCCGUGGGGGCUACAUGGAGGUGAUCAACCUGGACCCUGAAGUGAAGGCCCAGCUCAUUAAGAUGGUGUCCGUGCGCCUCUGCCCCCCAGUGACCGGACAGGCUCUCCUGGACAUUGUCAUGAACCCCCCUCAGGACGGGGAACCCUCCUACCCAAACUACAAGAAGGAGCGGGCAGCAGUGCUGGCAGCGCUGGCUGACAAGGCCAAGAUGGCGGAGGAGAUCUUCAACAAGGUGCCCGGCAUCCACUGCAACCCGGUGCAGGGAGCCAUGUACGCCUUCCCCAGGAUUGAGCUGCCACAGAAGGCCAUCGAGGCAGCCAAGGAGAAGGGUCAGGCUGCAGACAUGUUUUACUGCAUGGCACUUCUGGAGGAGAAGGGCAUCUGCCUGGUGCCCGGAAGUGGCUUUGGACAGAGGGAAGGAACCUUCCACUUCAGGAUGACUAUUCUUCCUCCAACGGAAAAGCUUAAGAUCGUUGUGGAGAAGGUGAAGGAGUUCCACCUGGACUUCACAAAGCGGUACUCAUAAUUAGCCCCAAGACGAACAGGAAGGAGGGGCUGGAACAUCUCAUGACACGCAUGGCAGUGGACAGCUCAACCGGGAAAUGAAAAUCAGUUCUUUUGUGACUGCUCCUCAACAGUUGGGACAUGUCUGCCUGUGGAUUUUUUUGUUUUGUUAAAGUGCGCCUGGAUUUUAAACAACUAACAUAAGCACUUUAAUCGGUAAUGAGUUACGUAUGUGUCUUCAAGGUGAAGUUGUGUUUUUUUAAUAUUUUAAUUCUGUGGUACUUGUCUGUUGGCUUAUCAUUGUUGUCUGUUUUAAUGUGAACCUUGACUGGGAAAAGGACUUUUUGAUGCCAUGUAUACAAAAGUAAGACCAUUUUGGUCUGCGUCAUCUCCGGGUUAACUCAGGGUCAGUUCAUGCGAAGAAAGGACACAAGGAAAGAAUUAACAUUUGUCAGUAUUGUGACUGAAAAAUGAAAAAAGGUUGCACCAUGCAUAGGUUUCUUUAUUACACAGAUGCGUUUCGGCGCUCUCCCUUCCUCAGUGGGCCCACUGAGGAAGGCAGAGCACCGAAACGCGUCUGUGUAAUAAAGAAACCUAUGCAUGGUGCGACCUUUUUUCAUUUUUCAGUCUUACAAUAUUUUGGUCAGCACCCUUAAAAGGAAGAAAAAAAACCGUUGGGUGACGCCUGCUCCAACCCUUAUGAACUUCAGUAUUGUGACUGUGAAAUCUAAAUAUAUAAAAAGAGGGACUUUGUUUUAUUAGAUGGUAGGUUUGAAGGUGAUGAGUAUUGUACAGAUCACACAAUGUAGUUUUAAUAUCACCAACAGGGGAAUUUGCUGUGUGUGAUGAGAUUUUGUUGAUGCCAAGUAUGCCAGAGUUGUGCCUUUACAUAACACUAUAGCUACCGGUAUUGUCGCAAUGUAGCACCAUGCCAGCGUGUGGCCUUUGGCAAGUGAAUGGUACAUAUUGAGUUUACGAACAUUAUGAAGCCAUUUUUAUUUAGUCGAAAUGGCCUUGUAUUUCUAUUGUAAACACUAUAAAUAAUAAUAAUAAUAAUAAAAAGACAUAUCCAUAAAGGUUUACAAUUAUUUAUCCGAUAAGAGGGAAACUAUCCCUUCAUCCCUAUGCACUGCUACUUUAUCCACAGUGGGGCAGACAUGGUCAGAGAAUGGCAUGAUGGUUCUGAAGAUUUUACCAGUGGAUCAGAAGUUUCUGAGAAAUUACUUUAAUGUGCUUUCGUCUUUAUAAGGAUUACUCAACAGAGCUACUUGCUUUGGAAGCCUCAAAGUUACCUGAGACUAGACAUCACUGUUAAAGGAUAACUUCUGCCAAUUUCGCCAUGCAGUUGUAAUGGUCACACUACCCAAGACUUGUCAGUGCCUGAGAUUUUUUUUUUUCUUCAGCCUUUCACGAGAUCCUAGUCAUUGUAAUGGGGGGCAGGCGUUUGUUUACAUUUCAAAAAAACAUCUUGAUUUAUUCCCAAUGACAUCCAAAAGGUUAUGCAACAUCAGCAGACAACUAGCAAACAGCGAUACCUUUUGGGAUAAUAUUUGGAGUAGGCCCAUGUUAAGGUAUUUAAUAUAAACAUUAGAAUAGCUUAGAUCUCGGAAAGGGCUGAGUCGAAAAGUGCAGCAUGACCGGGUACUGACAAGUCAAGAGUAGCGUGAGCAAUACAGCAGCAUAUUGCAAUUGGCAGAAGUUAUCCUGUUUAAGGUGACCUACAUCUCUAUGGUAUGGAUGCAGUCUACAAGGCCAAGCUGCACUUUCUUAUAGAAAUGCAUUUACUUUAACCAUCUAUCUGCACAUGUAACACAGUUACUUUUAUAGUGAUGUUUCCCCUCAAGCAUCAGUAGAAUGGACUCACUAACCCAGUUACAUCAUUUUUAGGAUUACCUAAUCAAGUUUACUACAAUCAACAGUGCACCCUACUGGCCACUUGGUCAAAAGAAAAACACAAGUAAGAGACUAUUUUUGACACAGCUUGCUGUGACCGGCUUCCCAGGGGAUGGAAUACUAUAAUUUACUACAGAACAUUAUUGAUUGCUGUAGUAUAAUAUAUCAGUAUGUUUAUCAUAGGACAGAGAUAUAUUAUGAUAUGCUCUAGUAAAUAGUACAUUUUGUACUAUACAUGCUGUACAAUUCUUUAGCACUGCACUAUGACAUCAAUUUAUAGAUAGUAUACAACAGCAGUCCGUUACUAAGCAUGCAUAGUGCAAUAUCAAUGAAACAGAAGUAUUUACAACAAAUCUUGGAUUCAUACUUUAUUUACUACAUAUUCCUAACCAUGAUACAGCACACUGUAUAUUCUAUGCAUGAAGUCAAAGCAAGUGCCUUCAAAAAGGAACUACUUGUGCUACUUCUGCUGGCUGAAAAACGUUUUUGCGGAUAUGACAGGAAAUGCAUGUGGCCUUGGCCUUUGCAAAACUAGAACAUGGGCCACAAAUCAUUCUGGUUUCUCCAUUCCUUUCCUCCAGCAUCCGAAUUUGUGCCUCGAUGUCAUUCCUCCUUGGAGAAAUGUUUCCCACCAGUGCAGAGCAUCCACCUUAUUGCAAAUUUGCUUUCUAAAUAAGAUAUGAAUUAUUUUUUUUGGUGUGCCUCAUGCCAUAAGACUGAAGGAAAAUGCGGGAAGACCUGCAAUGAUAACUCAAACUCGCUGUUUUUCCCUCGGCCCCAAGACAUUGUUGUCCACUAUUAUUUGACAAAGUACAAAGGAUAUUACCCAACUCCCGCCAUCUGGUAAGGAUAUAACUCUGAAAAAAGAACCUUUGUUGUCAAACCAUCUUUAAAAACAAACAAAUGCAUGUCCAAUAUAACUGUACAUAGUACUGACUGUACCGUCUUGGAAGACGGGGGAAAGGGUGUGACUGAGUUUGGGAAAUAUUCUGAAACCGUGCUUCACAGAAGAACAUGAGCAUACACAGGGAGUAAGAAGGUAGAAAUAACAAACCAGAAACUAGCCUUUAUUCAAUCUAGCAUUUAUUUAUUUAUUUGGUAGGUGACGACAGGGAACGGGCAAAGGCCCCUCCAACGAGGGCCUGAAAAGGGCAGAUGUAAAAAAUAGACAAAAAGGCACACAUUCAGAGGCACACCUCUUCUGGAGUGUAACAGGCACUCAGUGUUUAGUAGUUAAAGGUACAGUACAGACAACACAAGCUGGCAAGGGACCCUUAAGCCAAUGAGCUGCAGGACAAUAUAGGUGCAAAAGACAGCUGUAAACAAAA